AUGUUAGUCAUCCAAAAAUUUCUUUAUCUGACUGGACACUCGUUACACUAUUUGGAGUUAACCUCAAGGAGCCUGAGCAAUCCUUCGUUAAUAAACGAUUGCGGGCGCCGCUUUCACUUCUCCUGUGUGUUCGGCUUACCUGGCGUUUUGUUAAGUGGAACAGGCAAUGCGGCCCAUGUAGUCAGAUGCAGCGCGCACGUCUGCAACACCUGCGCCUUGGAAGCGGCCGCUUCAACUGGCCCAGGUUUUGAUCAAGGGACUGUCAAUUCAGCAGUUGCAAGUGAUAGCGAGAUCGCUGGAGAGCCGUUGUUGCACUGUGUCAGGUAUGCUUUUUCUCAUUCUUACAAUCUGGCCAGAUAUACAGAGGAGAUUGGUGUUUUCACUGCUGUGCCCUUUAAUAUUACACUCAUGAGUCAUCACUAG